CCUCUCCACUGGUUAAUUACCCGCUUCACGCUUCACGCAUUUGUCGUCUGGCUUUUACCAACCUUGCUACUCUAGGCAGCAUCGUCAUCACUGUUCAUCGACUUUUCAUCAAUGAUAACAAUUUCUGGUCUUUGCAAUCAUUACGACUUAAUUCUUUGAUUCCUUAUUUCGCAGUUUUCGCUCGUUUUCGUCAAUCACUUUCCACUAAAUCAGCCAUGGGCCUCCCGUAAGCGCAUCCUUGUUUUUUUCCCUACCCGUCCGUUACCUUCGUUGCCAUCGCGCCAGCGUAGUGAUGCCCCGGUCGAUCGAUCUUGUCGUUGUCGCCAUCGCUUCACUAUAUCAACGCAAAGGCAUGCUGCAAAUGUAGCGAAUGCGCACUUCCGUUGCUUGAUAAUGCGCGCUUCGUGCUUUGCAUAUUCGUCGCAAUUAUUUGUUGCCCCCGUUGAGUCAGAUCUCCCUUCCAAAGCUGCAGCGAAGAGCAGUGCGACGUCGCCACCCCGCUCCUCCAUUCGUCGCAAUAUACGCACAGAACGAAUUGAACGCCGCGCCGCGCAUCGCCGUAUCUUCUCAAUUCGCGACCGCUUAAAUGAUGGCUCGCUACAACAAUCAAGUACUCUGACCGGCCGAGAUGGUCGCUCUGUUCCAUGGGCUGAAGCUGGAUUUCCACCUGAUCUAGAGACUACGAGAGGUCCUGAUGGGCUGCGCCGAGCGAGACCAUUUCGCGAUGUUCUUAGAGAGAUGGCCAGAUCGGAUGAACGUAGAAGGGGCAUGCUUGAAGAGCGCAUAAACUCUCUGUUUAGGGAUGGCAGCAACACACAAGAUCGAAGCAACACCAAUUCACAGCCGCCAUACGACGAUUGGGAUCUGGGUUGGCAUGAGGAUCCUCGACCUCGUCCUGCAGUGAUUGUACCGUUGGCUGCGCAUCCCGGACGAGCUUCUGAAGAGAAUAGAGCCCAACCGCAAAGACUUCCUUCUGCUGUAACGCACCCCGUGUUUACCACAGAUGACUCUGAAGAAAUGAACCAGCGCCGAGCUCACCGCUCGGCAAUGCGUGAAGCUCUCCGUGCGUCAAACAGGGUUACGCGAUUCGCACCUAUGCAGCGUGUCGACGGACUUGGCGACCGUGAUAGGAGCCUUAGUCCAGAGGUCUGGGAUACUCUUCUAUCCACACUUACCCCUGACCCUCAACCACCUAGCGCAGGUUCCUCUUUUGCAUCAAAUGUUGCAUCUCAGAGCGCCGGUGCCACAUCAGGCACCUCUUUCACCACGCCCGACCAAGACCCUGACGCACUGGCUGACCAGGCCUGUGAGUCGGGCUGCGAAGGCUCCGAAACUGAAGACAUCGACCAGACUCUAAGCGUCCUGGAUCAAAUUAGAAGACGCCGGGCAGAGAGGCGACGUGUUCACGUAAGACUACCUGAAGCUGGCCAAGACGCCCCAAUUGAUGGAGGCGCCCUUCGGGAUGAAGGGGCGGUUGGUUCUGAUUCCAGACAACGAAGAUCCCCGGAUGGACUAGUGCCCAGUAAUAAUUCUCAGAGGCUCAGGGCCUUGCGCCGAGAGCGCUCCCUCCGAUCACGUUCUGCUUGGGUGGGACACUUGUCCGUGGGCAAUUCAGACGAUGAGCAAGGACCGGAACGAAACAGACAGAACCGAGAGAGCUCAACAGCAUCAGGCAGCAACGCAAACGUCGAAGAUGACUGGAUGGGAAUGCAGCGCAUCGUGCGUAGCCUAGCACGACGUGAAGAUAUUCCCGAUGAAUGGUGGGCUGAGGCUGGCCUCAGUCGAACCCUGCCAGGGGACGGGGCAGAAUAAAGAGGGCGCAAUGUACCAGUUUGCAUUCGAUUUGAAGCGGGAUAUAAAAUACCGGGAUUACUUGCUAUUUGGUCGGACGGCGUUAAAACAGAAAACCGAGCAGUGUCGGCAGGAUUGUAUCAUAAUUGUACGGUUGGUAACAUUUUUGGCUCGACAAUGAGCAGGCAGAAGAUCUAAUGAAAGUUGACGUUGAAUGAGCACAUACUUCUGGACCGUUGCUUGUGCUACCACAUACUGAUAUGAUGGAUAACUGCCGGGAUUGCUGGUCAAUAAAGCGGCCACGAUUAGACGCACAUCAUCGUGAGAUCCUGGUCGAUCUAUCUUGAUGUGGCUUGAAGGACCUUGUUUUCGGGACGGCUACGUGCUGCCAACUUGCGAUAUGUACAGCUACGGUGAAGCAAUACGAGAACCUAAGGUAUCAAGUUGAUAUGGUUUCCUUUCGUCGUCCAAUACUUGCUCCCAGCCAGUGAAAGCACACUCCAUUUGCCGGC